AUGGUUGUUUUUCAAAUGGAAGGUAAAAAAGCUCCAGGACGUGAUGGUUUUACGUGUCGAUUUUACCAGAAGAACAAGGAUAUUGUUGGUGAAGAUGUUAUUGAUAUGACAUUGACUUUCUUCCGUACAUGGAAUAUUGCUAAAGUUUUUAAUCAUACUAAUAUUUCACUCAUCCAUAAAGUUCCUCUUGCUGAAUUGUUUCUCAGAACCAGGGUGCUUUUAUUCCAAAAAGGAGCAUUUCUGUUAGCCAAUGAGGUUAUUUAUGCUAUUAACCAUCAUAAAUGUAAAGAUGGUAUUGAUGCAAUUAAACUUGAUAUGUCUAAAUCUUAUAACAAGUUGGAAUGGACUUUUCUUGAAAAUGUUUUACAAAAAAUGGGUUUGUCUGAGCAUUGGACUGAAGCUAAAGCUAUCUGGGCAGUGCUAAAGAAGGUUGUGGAGAAAAAGCUAACUCACAUUAUCAUAAAAAGUGAUGAUAAGGAUCUUAUUGACCAAUUUUCUUCUGGGAGGUUUGAUGGUGAUCCAAAAACUGAUGUUAUUUAUAAGGAUAUUCAUUUCUUUUCUUCUUUUUAUGUCGGAUGUAUGUUUACUUUUCAACGUAUGACUUGUAAAUCAGUUGCUCAUGAGCUUGCACUCUGGGCUUAA